AUGCCUUCUCGCGAUUGGGUUCAUGGCCUUACUUCCACAAAGAGCAAGAGGGCGUCUGAGACCGAUUACGCACUCCUUGCUCGAUUCGACACUAUAUUUCUAAUCGACGAUAGCUGCAGCAUGAGGGGUCAGAACUGGAAAGAGACCCUUCAAGCUGUAGCUAACGUGUCACCAAUCUGCACUACGCACGAUCCAGAUGGCGUUGACAUAUGGUUUCUCAAAAAUCGCAAUCCCAAGGAACCCCAAUCCGGAGCUUACCUCAACAUCACAACACCUCAAAGCGUGGAAAAAAUCUUCGAGUCUGUCUAUCCGCACGGUGACACUCCAAUUGGGGCCAGACUGAAAGAUAUCCUGGAACCAUACCUGGAUCAUCUCGAGGAGUCGCUACGAAACGCAAGAGAAAAUAUGGACUUUGUUUCGGAUGUUCGACCUAUCAAUAUUAUUGUUAUUACCGACGGAAAGCCGACUGAUGACCUAGAGAAUGAUCUUGUUGCCACACUCGUAUACACGGCAAAGAAGCUGGACGAACUGAAAGCGAAGCCUUACCAAAUCGGGAUCCAAUUCUUUCAGGUUGGCGAUGAUAUUGAAGUCACAGAGUUCCUCAAUUAUCUAGAUAAUUUACUUCCUGAAAAAUUUGGAGUCCGAGAUAUUGUCGACACGGUUACAUGGGAUAAAGAGCCGGGAGAACUGUCUGCGAGGACUAUCCUCAAAGUAGUCCUCGGAGGGGUUGACCAAAGGUAUGACAAUGAGGAAAUCAAAACUAACUAUCACGGAGUUCGACUGCCGCGGAUGUGUUGA